CUGAGGAGAUUGGCUUUUCAGUUUUCACCCCCCAUUUUAAAGAAAUCUCUGUGCCCGAGUUCGACUCGGCCACUCGGACACUGAAUCGGAGCAGCCAUUUUUAUUUCUAUUUUGUUUGUUGUUGUGGUUGGAGAAGACGACAAUUAAGCCAAUGUGCAGAAGCAGAUUCCUGAUGAGAUGGCUUCUUCUAACGCUUCCCCCCUGCUGAUAAUUCCCCUUCUUCUUGUCUCCUCCAUGCUCUGUUUCUUGUCUGCUUCUCCGGCAGCAUGGUCGGCGGCCGCCGCCGCCGCAGACGGCGGUGGGUCUCCGUCCAAUCAGACAUUCCGGCCCGGACACCACUCCCGGAGGAUGAAAAUGGUCCGUGCCCGUCUCAUGAAUAUCAAUAAGCCUUCUGUCAAGACAAUACAGAGCCCAGACGGUGAUAUAAUUGAUUGCGUUCCCAUACAGAAACAGCCGGCAUUUUAUCAUCCACUGUUAAAGGGUCAGAAACCAGUGGAUGCUCCGGAAAUUCCGAAAGGGUACAAUUUGGAGGAGGAAGAAGAAGAAGCAGAAAUGGAAGGUUUGCAGCAGCUAUGGAGGAUGACCGGAGAAUGGUGCCCGGAAGGGACAGUGCCGAUAAGAAGGACAAGUGAAGAAGACAUUUUGCGGGCGAGUUCUGUUCGGAGAUUCGGCCGGAAAGAAACAACAGUUCAUGAUGUCGUCCGGAGAGACACGACCUCCGACUUUCAUGAGCAUGCAGUUGGGUAUGUAAAUGGGGAGCAAUACUAUGGGGCAAAGGCAAGUAUGAAUGUGUGGGCACCUCAUGUGGCUAAUGCUCAAGAAUUUAGCUUGUCACAAAUGUGGAUCAUCUCUGGUUCUUUUGGUGCUGACCUCAACACCAUUGAGGCUGGUUGGCAGAUUAGUCCAGAGAUUUAUGGGGACAGUCGUCCGAGGUUCUUCACUUACUGGACCAGUGAUGCAUAUCGAACGACGGGUUGUUAUAAUUUGUUGUGCUCCGGUUUUGUCCAAACAAACAAUAGAAUAUCCAUUGGAGCAGCUAUCUCCCCUACAUCUUCCUACGGUGGACGACAAUUUGAUAUCACCAUUUUAAUUUGGAAGGACCCGAAAAAGGGGCAUUGGUGGCUACAGUUCGGAUCGAAGACGUUGGUAGGGUAUUGGCCAUCGGCGUUGUUCACGCAUUUGAAAGGGGCAGGGAGCAUGGUGCAAUUUGGGGGCGAAGUCGUGAACCGAAGAGGAUCGGGGUCACACACAACCACACAAAUGGGGAGUGGCCAUUUUUCAGGAGAGGGUUUUGGGAAGGCCUCUUACUUUAGGAACUUGCAAAUGGUUGAUUGGGACAACUCUUUGAUCCCAUUGCCUAAUCUUAGAGUCACUGCUGAUCACCCUAAUUGCUAUGAUAUUAAAGGUGGGGCUAAUCAUGCUUGGGGCAAUUUCUUCUUUUAUGGAGGACCUGGAAGAAAUUCAAGAUGUCCAUAAAUUUAAAAGGAAAAAAAAAGAGUUCAAGUUC